AUGUUACUUACCACAGAUUGUUCGUCUUCUCCUGAAAUAACAAGCAAAUAUUUUACGACCGAAAGUGCUUUUUCCAGUAAGCAAAAUGUAUUGACACUCGAGGAAAGGCGUCUAAAGAAGAAACGGAUGCUUGCGUUAACACCUAAAAAAACUACUGUUACAAAUUCAUCCUUGUCGGAUUAUUCAGUACAUAAUCAACUUAGUAAUAAUAGUAAUAAGGUAACGCCAACAAUUACUAUGAUUGUUUCGGAUAAUGAAGAAAACACAACACAAAAUAUUCCCGAGCAAAUUGACGUGAACAAAGUGUCCAACACAAACAGCUUUGACUUUCAGCUUAUGAAAUUGGAUUCAUUUAGUUCUGAUAAUUCGUUCAGUUCGGAUUAUUCUUAUGAAAAUAACAAUCUGCAAUCUAUUCAGCAAACAUCGGUUAACAAAAAUAACAUUUUGCCAACUAGCAAAAAACCAUCAACAAAGUCAAAUCGUCGUGCUAAGGAUGAUCUUUCACAGCCUUGCCUGUGUGUUAUAUGUGGUAAAGACCUUACAGGUUUUAAUAUUGUUACGCGGGAAACACAUUUAAAUAGGUGUCUUGACGAUAUUGAAAAGCAAGAGAAUGAAAAGCAAAAAGGCAUUAGGACAAAUCAGCAUAAGCAAGUAAAAAAACCUGUUUCAUCUUCGGGUGAUAGAAUGUUUAUUGAUAAUGAUUGCUCGUGGUUCUCUCUUGUUACAAAUUGCCCAUGUUGUUUAAAAAGUUUUCCGGGUAAAAGCAAGACUGCGAAAAGUAAAAUCACGCACAUGAAAAGAUGUGGCGAUAAGCAAAAAUUUUCUGCAACAAAAAUACUUUCUUUAUUGAAAGAGAUGAAACAAAAACUAGUUAAUACAUUUGUACCUGUUAUGGCAGAGAAUUCUGCGGUACGUGUUAAAGACACACAAUUAACUGAUUAUUUUACCUCGGUGCCAAAAAAAGAGGACAUCGUUACAACAAAACCAACAGCGAUUGUUUCACAAACAUAUUCAGUUUCAGCACUCGAGGGAACAGAUCAGGAUGAUGAUUUCAAAAGUAAUGUUAUUAUUACGUCGAUUUCAACAGUUGAGACAAUCGGAAAAAGGAAAUUCAGAGAAGACACCGAUGAUGACUUUAGAGUUGCAAAAGUUUUGUCAAAAUCCAUGUUGCCUCAAUAUAUAAAUCAAAAAAAGAAAAUUGUGUAUGAUCUUGGCACUACACCGAUUCUUGCACCGGCUGAAAGUAUAAAAAGGGCGCAAAAGAGAGCUAAGAAAAUGUUUUUCGACAGACCUACUAUUCAUGACAUUGCUAAAAGUUACCCGCUUACAUCUUCAUCCUCAUUCUGCACCAGCGGGGUUGUGAAGCAACGUGAAUGCCGUCAAUUCAUGAAAUCAGAAAAUGAGAAUGGAAAUGGUAUUGCUCGAAAGAAAUCGACGUCUUUGUGGGAAAUACAAGCAAUUGGCGGACCUGAUAGUCAAUUGUCAGAUGAUGAUUAUAUGACUGAUAUGUUAAAAGAAUGGCCACAUAAAUUGGAUCAAUAUUAUUUACAACCUUUUAGAAAGCGAUAUGAAAUGUGUGAUCGUUGUGUAAACAAAUAUUGGGGAAGAUUACAACCCGAAAAUGAAGAAAGAGAUGAAAUGAUUGAAAGGA